AUGAACCCAAGGUCAAAGGAAGAUGUAGGAGAAUUUGGGCAUUGCUUCCGCGGCCCCCAGGAAAACGAGGCUCAUUUGAUUGUCUACAUUAGGACCCCCAUUCUGGUCCACCUGUCAUCACAGCCAGUGAGGCAUUCCCCCAAGCGUGAGAGUCAGCCCUGCGAGCUCCCCUGGGGAUGGCAGCUGCUGCUCAAAGCGUCCUGCUUUUUGGUGUUGAAAAGCUCCGUUCUUCAGAACAUGCAUUCUUAUCCCAAGGCCCUGUUGCUCUUCUUGAACAUCAACCCACCUUUUCCAGUGCAGAUCCAGGAGGGGAGAGAGAACGUCUUUGCCCUUGAAGGAAGGGGCCUUGAAGUUUUCUACCCAGAGUUGGGGAACAUUGGCUGCAAGAUUGUUCCUGAUUGUAACAACUACAGACAGAAGAUCACCUCCUGGAUGGCGCCGAUAGUCAAGUUCCCGGGGGCCGUGGAAGGCGCAACCUAUAUCCUGUUGAUGGUGGAUCCAGAUGCCCCAAGCAGAGCGGAACCCACACAGAAAUUCUGGAGACAUUGGCUGGUAACAGAUAUCGAGGGUGCCGACCUGAAGAAAGGGAAGAUUCAGGGCCAGGAGUUAUCACCCUACCAGGCUCCCUCCCCACCAGCACACAGUGGCUUCCAUCGCUACCAGUUCUUUGUCUAUCUUCAGGAAGGAAAAGUCAUCUCUCUCCUUCCCAAGGAAAACAAAACUCGAGGCUCUUGGAAAAUGGGCAUAUUUCUGAACCGCUUCCACCUGGGCGAACCUGAAGCAAGCACCCAGUUCAUGACCCAGAACUACCAGGACUCGCCAACCCUCCAGGCUCCCGGAGGAGGGGCCAGCAAGCCCAAGCACAAAACCAGGUGGAGAUAGCUGCCUGCUAGAUGGCAGGCUUCGCCGUCCAGGCACAUGGCCCCACUGCCCACCACCGACGAUGUGGGUAUGGAACCCCCUCUGGAUACAGAACCCCUUCUUUUCCAAAUUUAAAAAAAAAACCAUCCAGAGCUUA